AUGUUGGUGCGGUCGCCCCCAGCGCGCGGGCCGCGGGAGCUCGAGAUCCAUCUGUCCGAGGCCGGGCGCGCCGCCCCUUCCCCUUUCGCCCCAGGAACCCUCAAAGCCCGCAGCUCUGCCGGCUCCACAAUCUGGGCUGCUGCCCUUCUGGGCUUUUUAUGCUGCCUUUUAAAUGUGUUGUUCAGCUGCAAGCCAAUUAGCCCUUUCCGUUUGCCCGGGGAGCGGUGGGAGCGCUCGGAGCGCCCCUCACUAGCGGAAACGCAACGGCUCCCUCGGCGGAGCUCCCGGGCUCAGAAGGGAGUCGCAUCCAUAGGUGUUCCCAGAUUGUUCCAUGUAAGGGUCACCCUCCCGCCCCCCAAAGUGAUUGAUCGUUGGAACGAGAAGAGGGCGAUGUUCGGGGUAUAUGACAAUAUCGGGAUCCUGGGAAACUUUGAAAAGCACCCCAAAGAAUUGAUCAAGGGCCCCACGUGGCUUCGAGGCUGGAAGGGGAAUGAACUGCAGCGUUGUAUUCGAAAGAAGAGAAUGGUAGGAAAUCGGAUGUUCAUUGAUGAUCUGCACAACCUGAACAAACGCAUCAGCUUUCUCUACAAAGGCUUUAAUCGACAUGGGAAGCACCGGUAGAAGAAAAAGCUGGGAACUGUGGAAGAGGCAUGUCUAUCACCAGAGAGAAGGGAAAAGUACUUUUCCUUAUGAGGAAGGGAAUUUGAAUGCUCUCAGUGAUAAUGCAGGACUCAUUUGUAAUCCAUUAUCCACAACUUCAGUUUCCU